AUGGGUGAUCUGUUGGACGGUAUUAUGUCCUCAAUGGACAAAGACAAACCAAAGUCGAGUCAAACAUCGGCAUCAACAUCAACAUCGUUUCGAAUUCCAAGAAGAAACAAAGACGACCAACAAGAUGUUCAAAUGGACAAUCGUGAACGCAUGGACAUUCCAUCAAGAUCACAUCCACCCAGUGUCUUCAAACGAAACCGUUCACCAGACAAUGAGUUGAAUCCAGAUGUCAAAAGUUAGUUUGUGCUUUACAGAAUUCGAAUGAAACAUGAUUUUUUCAGGAGGCAAAUGUAUGGACACAUUCAACACCAUAAACUGCAUUCCAGUUCAAACAAAUGGCUAUUCGCUUAUUAUUGAUAAUAUGGUGGAAAAAAUCGAAAGAUUCCAAGUCGACAUCUACGCUGUUUUGAAAAGCAGAAAUGAAACUCGCGAACCAAAAGUAAUUCAAGUGAAUGGAGAAAUUUUGGUUCAUGGAGAGUAAGUUUUGAAUGAGCUAAUUGUUAGCAUUUCAAUGGCUUAUUCAUUUUCAGUCUUGCAAUUCAAUAUCGAAAAUGGGGAUUGUGGAAUAGUUGGAAGUUGGCUGUUGCAGAAAAACCAAACUUGUUUUCGGGAAAAACAUACAAAGGCGCAGCAUAUGAUUGUGGUGCAUCUUUCUGGGUUCCUGCAGGCACAUAUGUUGGUGGCGAUGAGGAAAUUGUGACAUUGAAACGGGAAAAGUUCGACGAUAAGGCAUGGAGCCCUAUUGCAAAGCUUUCCAAAUCUGAAAUUUCGUGCCUCAAUGUGAUGAUUACUCGACAAAAACAAGGAUGUGUAAGUUUUUAACAGUAAUUUUGCGCAACUUCUUGCUUUAUUUUUUCAGAUUUACACCCGCGGUCCUCAUUCAACUAGUGCAGAAAAUGCUUUUGAAUUGAACCGAUUUCUCGAAACAUUGACGUCACAAGUAACCAUGAGUCGUGAAUUCUUCCAAUUUGGAAAUGCAACAUUCAACAGAAAAAGUGACAGAGAUCAAAAUGGUGAUGUCGAUCGUUUUUGCCAAUUGGACUCCGAUGGAAAGGAAAUCAAAACUGGCUUCGAAAAAAGCAUGAGAAUGGUUAUGGGUGUUGAUGGAAAACAAGAGUUUGUUAUGACAAUCGACACUCGUCGUUCUCCAUUCUAUCAAGAAAUGGAUGUUAUUGAUAUGGUCCGAGUCUUGUAUGAUAGUGGAAGAGGACAUCAAGGCGGUGGAUUCCGCGGUGGCCGGGGCGGACAUGGUGGAAGAGGUGGAUAUAAUGAUAGAGGAGGACGAGGAGGAUACAACGAUCGACCAGUUGAAAGAAUCUCGAUUCGCGAUGUCAACGAUCAAAUGAGAAGAGAUGGCGCUUCCCAAACUAGAAAGAGACUUUCUGAAUUGAGAAGUCUCGCCGUUUGCCCCACUCACUUGCCACAUACAAAAUUGAAUUUGUUUUUCAUUCACGAUUUUGCCGAACAAAAUGCGCAUGAGUAUGUUUUAUUUUGAAAAGUAUUUUUUAACAGUUCUUCGUUAUAGAUUGAAGUUUGCUGACGAUUCCGGAAGUGAAAUCUCAGUUUACGAGUACUUCUUGAAAAAAUACAGCAUCCGCUUGAGAUAUCCUGAGUUGCCACUCGCCAUUCACAAACUCGGCCAAAGGGUAAAUUGUUAUCCGAUGGAAGUUUUGAAAAUUGAAAGAGGACAACGAGUCAAACAAAACAACAUCACACCAUCAAUCGUGAGUUCAUUAAUGCUUUCAAAACGAUAAUUUUAAUAUUUCCAGCAACAAAUCAUGACGGGAAAAAUGUCGAUGUUGCCUGAGAAACAUAUCAAUCUCGCAGCCAAAAUUCUUUACGAUUAUUUGCAAAUCGACAAUAAUCUUUUUUUGCAAGCUUUUGGAUUGGAAAUCAACAGAAAACCAGUUCAAAUGAUUGCAAAGAUCCUUCCUGCGCCAGUCAUUCAUUUUGCGAAAAACCGCUCAGUUGAAAUUCAAACCGGAACCAAUAAGCGCCCAAAUUUCAAUCCGGCCGGCACGUUUUUCAGAGCAGCUGAAUUGCGGGACAUUUGGAUUAUCAACUUUGAUCAAGCGAUGCGCCGUGAUGGUUGCGAGUCAGUUUCUCAAAAAUAGUUUUCAAUUUUAACACAAACAUUUUUCAGUCGUUUGUGCGAUGCAAUUUCCAAUGCAUGCAAAGAUCAAAAUGUUCGUAUUUCAAAACGAUCCAGAGAUUGGAAAAUUGUCGAUUGUAAUGAAUCGGAUCAUCGGAAAUUGGAGGACAUCAUGAGAGAUGCGAAAAGCAGAGAAGUUUCGAUGGUCUUCGCAGUCACUCGGGAUCAACGCCCAGAUGUUCACGAUUUUUUGAAAAUGUAUGAAAGUCAAAUUGGAAUCCAAACCCAGCAUAUUUCGUUCAAUACAUUCAAAAAAAUGACUGAAAAUACUGGUGGAAGACAAGUGAGUUUUAUGGCGAUUAUUUCCGAGCAAUAUCGAUUUUAUUUCAGACAACGGAUAAUGUGAUUCGCAAGUUCAAUUUGAAAGGUGGCGGUUUGAACUUCACAUUCUCAAUUCCACGAACUGUUCAUUCCAAACAAUUGUGCGAAAACGAGAAAACGUAAUUUCCUAUUUUCGGUUUAGAUGAAAAAAUGAAUUUACACAUUUCAGAGUUCAAAAUAUGUUGAUGGAAAACACAUUGUUUAUUGGUUUCGAAUUGUCACACGCGGGUGCCACUUGCCUUUUCGACAGACAAAACAACAUUGCUUGUGGAGAACCAUCGGUUGUUGGAUAUUCGUAUAGUUUGAGAAAUCCUUGUGAUUUGGGUGGAUAUUCAUAUCUUCAAAAACCACGUGAACACACCCUCCAGAACAUUCAAAAGCACAUGGCCAAGAUUCUGACAAACUACGAAUUGGUCAAUAAGAAUUUGCCAGAAAAGGUUGUCAUCUAUAGAAGUGGAAUGGGAGAAGGAGAUUUUGAGCGCGUCGAAGAAGAAGUGCGACAAAUGAAGUUGAUCUUUGAAUCGAAGAAGGAAUUCGUCGGAAAGAAGAUCCCGGAAUUUGUUAUGAUUGUUGUGUCCAAAACGUCUCAUAUUCGAAUUUAUCCUCAAAAGUUUGAUCCAAGAGGAAAAUCAUUCGACCAAAAUGUCCCAUCUGGAACAUGCAUCUCGGGAGGAAUCACAGGAUAUGGUCGAGAAGAAUUUAUUCUGGCCAGCCAGAGCGCUCUUAUCGUAAGUUAUUAUUCAAAUUUUUCGAAUACACGUUGUUUGUUGCAGGGAACCAUUCGACCAGCUCGUUACACGAUCGUUGUCAAUGAUCCAAAAUGGUCGGUCAAUGAGAUUUCGCAUUUGACCUACUUCUUGGCAUUUGGUCAUCAAGUCAGCUUUCAACCACCUGGAGUUCCCAAUGUUUUGUAUGCCGCUGAAAAUAUGGCGAAACGAGGACGAAAUACCUUCGUCGCUCAUCAGUGAGUUAUUUAAUCUUGAAAGCGUUGAACAAUCAAUUAAAUUUUGCAGAAAAUCGUUGAAACUCGAGAGAGCUGUCAACAAAAACGAUGCUCAAGAAGAUGAAAGCGGAGAGCUCAUCGACCAAUUGUCGCAAAUGCUCAACGCUUGCGCAAUUCAAAACAAGAAUUAUUGGGCUUAA